UUUGCGAUGUCGCAGUAUGGAACUACUCGCGGGCCCCCACAGGCCGCCAAGGAUCGCACAACAGACUACCACACUGCAUUAUUCCGUCGACUUAGCUGGGAAGGCACUGUUCCCCUCGAAAUCAGGGUCGAUCCGAAUGAGCUUCCUGCAAACUCGGACCGUGGUCUAGCAUGUUACUUUGUACAAGCACCAAGAGUCAGCUAUCUCCCUCUCCUCAUGCCGGAAAUACGUCGAUUUCUCAUGGACGUCGUGUUCGAUGAGGCGGCUUCCAAGUCUCUGAAGGAGGAGGACUGGUGGUUUGAGAUUGACGACGGCACGCUGCUAAAAUGGCAUUGGCCAAUUGGACUCAUAUACGACAAUCAUACCAUCCUCACCACAAUCCGACCAGGGCCCUCUCUAGCAACAACUUCUACGACACCCUUGCGGCUCAUUCUCCAUCUGGCUUCCCCGCCAACAGAUAAACUUCUCCUCGCGGCAAAUGCUGAGGCCUGCAAGCAGGCAUUCAUGGGUCAGCUCAAGGAAGCAGACUUCAUCCGUUGGGGUAACACAAAGCGGAUGACUGGGCUUCGCAAAGCAGACCAGGAUGGCCUAUGGGAAGGAAUCAAAGAGCACAACUUUGAGGAAUACUGGCGCGUUGCGUCAAAAGUAACCCCUACGACAACUGCAAAUCGACCACAGUCGCCAGGACCGCCGCCUUCAUCUGUAUCGAUGCAUGGCCGGCCACCCUCAGCAGACACAUCAGCACCGCCUGAAAGGGACGGCGCUUAUAACGUUCGGAGUGUACCCGUUCGUCUCUAUCUACCCGACGGCCCUGUCAUCCAAGAUCUUGUGCCGCCACUUCUUGAGGACGGUUCACCGCAUACCCUUGCACAUUUCUUGAAUACUCAUGCCCCAUUGCUUUUUCCGCCGCAGCCACCAGCCCCGCCUCCCUCUCGUACAAACCCCAAUCCCCGUCCUCCUUCCCACCAAGAACUCGCAUACCCACUUGUUCAAGGUAUCUUGGCGCCAUUAGACUCUGAGAUGGCUUGGUUGGGUGCUUGCUUGGCGGGUGCUGACGGUUGGGUCAAUGUUUGUGUCGGUAUCAGUCGAAAAUAG